CUUGUAUAAAUUGUGAACGACUGAUACGUCGCGUUAUCAGUUUCUCCAAACAAUACUUGUGAUUAAACUGUGUGGACAAUUUUAUCCCGUUCAGAAAUAAAUAUCAAGAUGCUGUGGCAGAUCUUGUCAUUAGCCGGUCUCGUGGUGUCAGUCUCUAGCCACGGUCGUGUGUCGGACCCACCCUCCAGGGCUUCGAUGUGGCGCUAUGGGUACUCAACACCAGCCAACUACGACGAUACUGGACUAUAUUGUGGUGGCUUCGAUCGUCAAUACUCUGUAAAUCAUGGAAAGUGUGGUAUUUGCGGAGACGCGUUUGACUUAAGCGAACCGAGACCUCAUGAAAUCGGCGGCAAAUACGGCUUAGGUAUAAUUGUCGCGGAGUACGAAGCCGGACAAGUGAUCGAGACCACCGUUGAAAUCACCGCUUACCACCGUGGUUACUGGUACUUCAAGAUUUGCCCUAACCCGAACACGAACGAACAAUCCUGCUUCGACGAAUACCUGCUUGAACUGGAAGACGGUGGAACCGAAUACUAUCCGCCCAGCGUAGGCAAAUACACAGUGAACUACCGUCUACCUAAAGACUUAGUUUGCGACCAUUGUGUCCUCCAAUGGAGAUAUGUAGCUGGUAACAAUUGGGGCAUCUGCGAAGAUGGUUCAGGGAAACUAGGUUGUGGCAACCAGGAAACGUUUGGCGCUUGUUCUGAUAUUAAAAUCACAAAGUCUACAGUUGACGCCGUGGUGGGCCCGAUGCCAGUGGAAUUGGAUACUCUAUCUUAAACAAAUUAUUGCAGUAUAUACGUCGAAGUCAUGGAGCUCUCAAUAACAAUUCGUCUAGUCAAAUUUUAUAUAACUUCGCUCAAUACAAAUACAGCGUGAUAUUUUACAUUCACUUAAUUAUUUAUGAAGAAGUCAACUACAACAGCUUCGUCUCGAUUUCAUAAAAUAGAUAAAAAAAAUUUUUAAAUAAUAUUAAUAUUCGCUCAUUGGUCGAAAUUUGACACUAAACAUUAUUAAUAAUUUGAGGAAUACAUUUUAAUUUAUAAUGUAUGUAUAUCAAAAGUAAAAUUAAAAAUCGAUUGAGGAAGAAGACGAAAAUAAGACUCCAAAUUGUUUUGCCUUUGUCUAUUUAUAUAAAAGUAAAUGUUGUUAUUUUUUUAUUAUUUAUGAUUAAUAUUAAGCAGUCAGAUAGGAAAAUGUUCUUUUUUCAAAUAUUUGUUAACGUUGUAUUUUAUCCUUAAAUUAAGUGUUACUUAGUUACUUAACAUUAUUUAUGAAUUACGCUUCAACAAAUGCAUUUAUUUUACAACCAAGUUAUUGAAAGCUUUGUGAUAAAAAGCGGCGAUCUUUGAAGUCAAUGUUACAAAUGAAAUAAAAAAAAAUUUAUAC